AUGGUGCAUGUUGGCUAUGAGUACCGUGAGGUGCUCGAAGAGCCCUCGGGAGGCCGAUGGCUGCUUCUUGUCCCUGAGACAUCUGAGAAGGCGAAGGUUCAGGCGCUGCGCAUGUGGAGCAGGCUUAAGCUGGGCCUGACGGAGGCAGCCGUGGAGCGAAGUGCAUCGCUGGUAGGGCGCGGCAUGCUGGACAGCCUCCUGAACAGCUUAGGCUCCUGGUGGUGCGCGGCGGGUGCUGUGGAAAUCGCCGAGAAAGUGGCAGAGGCGAGGCAGAAGUGA